AUGCCACCAAAGUUAGGGUUAGCCCUGCCGCUUCUAAUCGCUUCAGUAACAUCACCACGACCAGGCGAAGCGACAGCGGGAAACGUCAUCAAGAAAGCAAACUGGCAAGCAAUAUGCAAAGUAACCGCUGACGCAGGCAACCUAGCAGGAUUGGCGCUAACGAAUAUUCGAGCGCCUGGAUUGCAAGUGGCGGCUGACAUAAAAGCACUCUUACGCACCUUAAUCUACAUCGAAGGCAACUCAACCAGUGCAGCGACGAAAGUGCAGGGAAAAGCAGCAGCUUUCCUAGCCGGCCAAACAGCAGAAAACCUAGAAUACUACUCAUCAACAAGUGUAGCAACAGACGUAACAACAGCCCGAGACGCCGGCAGGUUGCACGGAGCAACGCACGAAUUCAUGUCUGUACAAGCAGACGGAUCAACCUCAGCAAACGGCUGCAUCGGCGAUAACGAGUCUGGAAGCAACGCAUUAGCAGGGUUCAGCGCGGUCGUAGAAGCAAACCCAAACUGUCAGCUCAGCUGGGAAACAGUAACCACGUACGACGGCACAGUGACAGCCAUAACGAAAACGGGACUAGGCGGAAAAUUUGCAAAUGCCAUAGCGCACAACAAGUUCACAAGCGGAGACAGAAAAUGCAACAUCAAUUCGGCCGCAAGCGGUUUUAAACUGAACAACGACGGUACCAGCGUCGACACAUCGGGGAACAAGCCCAAAAUGGCCGCAGGGAUAAUAAGCCUAGACGCAGCCAACGGCAUUAGAACAAUAGCCCUGGCGAACGUGAUGGGGGACGACGAACACCCCUACCUAAAAGCAGCAGCAACAGCCGCAAAGCGGAGCAAGCAAACGCCUAAAGCAGCGGACCUCACGACAGCAGAUACUGCCUUAGCCUCAACAGAUUUCAAAAAGGCAGCUCGCAGACACAUUCUUGGUAAAAAGGAAACAGCCGAUGACAGCGAUACCACAUUGGCAGCAAAGGUCAAGAAAGCUUUUGGUAGUGACGAGAGCAUCAACAAAUUAAUAUCAACCAACGUAAACAAUAUGCCUAUCGCAGGCAUACUAACAGACAACACAGAUGCCAAAAGCCUAGGCCAAAUAACCGACAUAAGCGAGCUGGUGCGCUUGUACUUUUACUACUCGGACUUGAACAAGCAGAAACUGGCUGACACCGCGAAAAAACCUCGAGAGGCAGAAGCCAAGACGGCUACAAAAUCAGCAGAAGAGAAGGAAAAAGAAUGCAAUACCAAAGGCAAGGACAAACAAGAUGGGUGUGAAAAGCUAAAGGACCAGGGAUGUGUUUUCAACAAAGACGGCGACAGGGACAAAAAGUGCACCUUGAGUAAGGAAGGCAAGAAGGAAGCGGUAAAAGCGGCAGAAAGCAAAGAAACAAAUAAAGAUGGUAAAACGAACACCACAGGAAGAAAUUCUUUUGUCAUCAAAGAUUCGCCUCUUUGGCUUGCAUUUUUGCUUUUUAAUUAA